AUGAAAAUCGAUGAGUUCGCAUUGCACGUCGGUGGGUCAUCAGCGGAAUUCUAUUGAAACGCAGUAAGCACUUCAGAACCGAGCCAAAUUCUGUCGGAUCGUGAGAUGAACAAGAUCUUCAAGUACCUGGCAGUUUCCGCUCCCGAUCGACCCGCCCUCGUCUACUCGGACCGUCCCCGAUGCCUGAUUUCCAGCACCGAAUACGUGGUCUCUCGAUUUCAAAGAACGGAAAACCGCUGGGGAUUCUGCGGAACAUCCGAUCGAAUUAAGUGAGCAUGAAUUCAACGCCACUGAGAUAAGUGUUAACUUCAGAUUCAUGGUGGACCGUCGGAUAUUCGUGGUUGGAUUUGGAUUGUACGGUGCCAUUUCGGGGCCUCACGAGUACAAGACACAGAUCAAAAUCAUCCACUGCGGAACAAACAAGACGCUUGCCGAGCACGAUACAAGCUUCGUGUGCGACGGAAACUCGCGGCCGUGCAGAGUGUGCUUCAAGGAACCCGUCGAGAUUCUUCCGGGCAUCACUUACAUUGCAGCCGCCCUUAUCAGAGUGAGCGCCGUCAAAUACAACUUCGCUUUAUCGAACUUUUCAGGGGCCCGACUCGUAUUACGGAACAAAAGGUCUCCGUCGCAUCAACAUGGCGGACAGUGACGUGACGUUCCAAUUCACUUACGCCGCCAUGAACAACAAUGGGACGAGUGUGGAAGACGGACAAAUCCCCGAAAUAAUCUACUACACAGGGGCCGAAUAA